AUGGAUCUGUUUCACGAGUUGCUUGUCGGGAGCGCGUCAUUGGAGGCGCCACCAUGCCCUGGUUGGCGUUGCUGCCUGAGGACUUGGAGGGGAUGGUCUCUCCUUCCUUCUUGGCCGCCUACCCGGACCUCUAGGCUCGAGCCGUUCAACAAGCCUCUCCAUCUCUUCCAUACCUCGUUACUUGUCUGCAGAAUGUCGCUUACCACUCACGCCGGCAACCUCACCCUCACCACUGUCCUCUGGUUCGACACUCAAGCUGAAGAAGCAGCCAAAUUCUACACGUCCGUGUUUCCCAACUCCAAGAUCCUGCGCAGCCAGCGCUAUUCAGAGGCCGGCCAGGAAGUUCAUGGACAGGAACCCGGUUCCAUCCUCUUUGUCGAGUUUGACCUUGACGGUCACCGCUUCUCAGGUCUGAAUGGCGGGCCUCACGUCACCUUCAAUCACGCCGUGUCCUUCAUGAUUGACUGUGCCGAUCAGAAAGAAGUCGACUAUUACUGGGGGAAGUUGAGCGAGGGGGGAGAUGUCACAAAGCAAGAGUGCGGGUGGCUGGCUGACAAGUUUGGCGUGUCGUGGCAGGUUGUGCCCAAGAGGCUCAAGGAGAUGCUAGUCAGCGAGGAUGUGGCGGCAGCUGGACGAGCAUCAGUGGCUAUGAUGGGGAUGAAGAAGCUCGAUAUUGAGGGACUGGAAAAGGCGUUCAAGGGCGAAUAG